CAACAAAGUCAGUCUCUCGACGGACCGCGAUGAAGUUGCACGUUUUUCCGGUGAGGCCGCGUCGUUUUCGAUCCUACCAUCCGCGUCCGCGGGCAACAACACAAACGUUCGGCAUCACUUGCUCCGGUGAGCAGCAGAACAGAACAGAAGCAAUCCCUGAAGGGGGUAUCCCAAUCGAUUUCGAUUACCCAGUCACGCGGUGUGUCGGUGCAUCAAUCGCGGAAAAUUCGGAAGUAUCUCUACCGUCGUCGUCGUCAUCGUCGUCGCCGGUGCCGCUGCCGCAGCGGUCGUCGUUCGUCGUCGCGCGGGAGUUUCGCCGUCGCCCGUAGUUCAGUGUGCUGUUACCGGGAUAAGCGCCGCUUAGAGUGCUACUGUUUUGUUUUAUCGAAACUAAACCAUAUCUCAAGAAGUUUUUCAUUUUCCACCACUCUUCACAUAUCCCCGCACAACGGUAACUGCGGAGGAAAGCAAAUUGAGGAAAUCCCACAUAUCGAAAAAGUUAUCCACCGUAUGUGAAUGUGAGUGUGUUUGUUUUAUGCUACACUCAAGAAGGGACAAGCUUCUGUGUGUUGAUCGAACCGAGGAGACGAGUAACUUGUCUAAAGUUAAAGUUUUUCUUGGCCGCAGCCGGGAGUGAAAUUUUAAAGGGAAAUAAUCAUAUGCCAGGAAGCCAACCGGUAACGGGUGAAUAUUGACGGCAAAUUGGAAACAGUGUGUUGAGAAGCAUCCAAAGUGUGCCGCGGUUGCUCGAGUACUUAUCGGGAAAAUCAAGUGCUGCGAGACAAGCUGCCAAAGAGGAAAUUGAAACCGACCAAGAAAUACGAGCAUAUUUUACGGGAGGAAAUAUAAAACCAGCGCUUAUCGUUUAACCAGCUACGGUGUGCGAACACGCAGAGGCAAAAAAAGAAUCACAACUGUUUCCGCUUUCGUGUGGAAAUUUGAGAUUGCCGCCCAGUGAGUAGGUGGAACAGUUGGCAGUGUCCUGACCGUGGCUAGCGAGCGGCUGUGUGUAGGUACCAACGAUUACAGUUCCCGGCAACGGUCGGUACCGUCCAACGACGAUUAUUCGGGUCAAGGGGUGUGCUGUGCAUCUCGGUGACAUAAAGCAGAGACAGUGCAUUUACUAGAAAUGAAAGUUACUCGUAUAGCGCGGCGCUAAAUGCUCGCCGAACAAGCAUCCGUCAGUGUCGGUUUAAGUAGAACUGUGCCGGUACGUGACCUGCAUUGCGGAGUGUAAACAAACAGCAAACGGGCGAAUUAAGUUUGCAGCCAAAGUUUGGACCGGCCCGAAGUGGGAAUAUGAAUGACGUGACGUAUUAGCAGGAAUAACCCCGUUGAGCGUGUUGGCCGAAAGUUUAAAGCUAACGUGACGCGACACCCUGGGCAAUGCUUUCCCUCUGAGUGAUGCGGAAGAAUCCUUCGGAAGCCAGUAGCCAACAAACAUCCGCACUAGUAAGGCAAGCCCUAGAAAAAGGAAACCCAUCAUCACGUGUCCAGUAAACAGUGGCAAGCUGGAAUGCGCAAAAAAUUCUCUAACAAAAAAUUUCUAAGAAACGACUGCGACAAACCAAGCCCCAAACGUGCCCAAAACUUGGCAGUCGAGCUGAAGACCAGCCCCCAUCCCGAACGGUGUAAUUAGCAUAAUUAAAUAAAUCCCUGCCUAAAACUGCGUCGGUAUGCUGACCGUCCGACCCUGCCCCUUCUAGUAGAGCUGGUGACGGUGGUGAGGGAGACGUCAGAAACCCGAGACUGAUCCUCAGCCUGGACGAAUUUCUCAAGUGAACAAACAAAAGCGAAAAGCGAAAACUUCCCAACGCGGACUAACUGGAUGAAAAGCAAUCGUUAACAAGUUUCCUUUUCCUUCCGUUCUUGUGGUGCGUGGAGUGGGUGGGACUGAGUUUGUGCGGUUUCACCCGCCGCCGAAGGAAGUGAUUGAUUUUUCGGCCUUGCCAAUUUGACACGUGCAGUUACACCGGUGCGCAAUCAGUGGUGAACUCAACAUCCGGAAGCCGGGAGCCCGCAGAUUGCACAAGUCGCAGUCACGUGAUUCGUUAAAGUUUCGGUCGUAAAUCGUUCGCGUAAGUGUGCGUUCUCCGGGUGACGUUUAUGGAUCGUUAAAAGUCCUUCUUUAAAUAAAAUGAUGUGAGAGACGGGGUGCGGGGAAAAUCAAUACGUUCUGUGAUAUUGUUGGAGAAAUUUAUGAGUCUAACGAGAGCCGGGCGGAAGUCAAUUACGCGAAGAAAGAACAAAAGUAUUUUAUGUAUCCAAAAUUUAGCCAAGUUGGAGAAAGUUUUAUUAUUGUGUGCGACACGAUCAGUUAAACAAUCGAGUUAUUUAUAGUGAAAUUUGUGUUUGAUCGUUACACUAAUCGUUGGAAAUUUGUCACAAAUAAAAUCGAGGGCAAGUAAUCUUAAACCUAAAUAAAUAGUUCCCGUUAGAAGAUAUACAGUUUUCUGUCUAGUUUUUAUCGAAAAAAAAAUCCAGAAAUUCCAAGGCAAGCCCCACUGCGGACACAAUCAAGUGUGACUAGUUGCUGGUUACCCCGCAAACAGUUUAUUCGAAGAAAAGAGAAAGUGAACACGUUCAUUAAUCAGCCGAGCAAUACAAUGUUGCACCACCCCAUUCAAAAAAGAAACAAUAAGAAAAGGUGGUAAAGUAUAAACGAGCCGAAGAAAAAGUGUUAUUACUCUGGGACACGAAAGCCGUAAUCGGUUCGACUACCCUUCAGUGAAUUGAUGGGAAAAAAGUAAAAUUCUUGUUCCCUUCGCGUACCGCCGCCAACACAGACCGGAAGUGAAUUGAAAGUGAUUGAAUGUUUCGUCCCCAUACCGGCUCCCCCUCACAUAUGCGCCGCCCCUUUGCCGUUGGUGUGUCCUGUCGGUAUGCGCCGAGAGGAAGUUAGUGAAAAAUUGCCCUCCUCCCCAAGGUGAACGUGUCGCUUGAUUCGAUCUCAUCAAUUUCCGACGGUACCGUGAAAAAAAAAACAGUGAAAUAUAUUCAGUCGAGCCCCGUUCCGUUCCGUCCCGCCCCGCCUCAGCAGCAGGCGUGCGUCACGUGGAACGAAAAAUGAAGAAAAAUAUUGAAUUUAUGCUAUUUGCUUUAUCAAUCGAUGAAUAAUUGCGGAAUAAAUUUGCAGUAGCUGGUGUAAGAGCGGAAGCCGGGGGCGGUUCGACAAGGCUAACAAUUUGCCAUUCCGCUACAGUCAAUCCCGGUAAAAAGGUCUCCGGAUGAAAACCAAAUAUUGAAUAUUCGCAGUGCAAAUGUCAGAUUAAUCAAUUAAAGAACGAUUUUUUUAUGCGCGUUAAUUAAUGUGAACCAGUUGACCGAGUAGGAAUUAAUUACGCACACCAUCACCAGUAGCGACCGUCCGGGUAUAUCCGGUGCGGCUGAUGGAUGCCCCCCCCCCCCCCAGAUAGUUGGUAAUUUAUCAUACGUAAUCAAUCUGAUCCAUAUCGACGCGAGUGAGAAUAAAAGAGUGCGAACCCUUCAUAUCAAUUAAAAUCCUGUGCAAACAUAUACACACACACUCACUCACGACAUAUCGUGGCAUAGAAAAAUAAAAAAAGGAAAAAAGUUACAUCAUACACAAGCGUAAACAUGGCGAUGGUAGUCUCCGGCCGGGCCAAAGCGGUAAUCGCGGCCUUCGUGUGUUUCUUCCUACUGGGAAUCGUCCUGGUGACCGGCUCCACCAAGGGAUGGUUCGUUCCGGUGCGCUAUCAAAACGAGCGGGUCGCCGCCAGGAUACAGUCAAGUGGAGAUGACGACGAUUCGUUGUUCGAACCACCGAUGAUUUCACCACCCCCGCCAGACUACGGCUUCCGGCUGAAAGGUGAAAAGGGCGAACGAGGACUGAAGGGACCACCGGGCGACAGCAUACGAGGUCCCCCUGGACCACCGGGUCCACCCGGGCCACUUGGUCCACCAGGACCACCGGGUUCGAUCGGACCCAAGGGGCCCGGCUACUUCGACGAGGGUUCCGGCGACGAAGCGAAGAGAUUAUCUCAGCUGUAUGACGCUCUGCCCAAUCGGAAGCACUCGAACCAGUGCUUCUGCAACGUCACCCUGAUCCUGGAGGAGUUGAAAAUGGACAGCACCCUGCGCGAGUACCUUCGCGGUCCGGAGGGACCGCAAGGCCGCGAGGGUAAGACCGGAUCACCCGGAUUGACGGGUUCCACCGGACCAGCUGGAGAGCGUGGUUCGGCUGGACCCAAAGGCGACAAAGGAGACCGCGGAGAGAUGGGAACGCCCGGCACCGAGGGUAUCCAAGGUAGCAAAGGAGAAUCUGGUUUGGAUGGCCUGCCAGGUCCUCCGGGUUUGCCUGGACCCCCGGGACCGUCGGGUAUUCCUGAGAAUUACGAUAUUAAUUGGAAUCCAUCGCGGAUGUUUAAGGAAUCGAUGCUGGGCUCACCGAUUCAAGGGCUGCGAAGUGCCUCGCCGGGUACCAAGGGUGAUAUCGGCGACAAAGGCGACAUCGGGUUGCCCGGGCAGAAAGGCGAACAGGGCAGCAAGGGGGGUCGGGGCGACCCUGGCCUCACCGGUGCCAAGGGAGAACGGGGUCACACAUCGAUCGGAGCACCAGGUCCCAAAGGCGCCGUCGGACCACCAGGGGUACCCGGUCUACCCGGACAAACUGGAGCAACUGGUUCCAAGGGCGAGAAAGGAAACACCGGAGACCUUGGACCUCCGGGGCCAGCUGGGCCACCCGGAAUGAUUGUAUAUUCCGAUGCUAAAAAUUCAACUUCCGAUUGUCACUGCCAACCAGGACCACCGGGUCCACCAGGUCUUCGAGGACAACCGGGUUUCGAUGGAGUUCCUGGAGUGCCAGGUGAAACUGGACUACCUGGACAUCCAGGACUACCAGGGGAUAAGGGCGACAGAGGCAGCCCCGGCAUGAAAGGCGAAAAGGGACCGGAGUUUAUCAUCAAUGAAAACGCUUCGUUCAACUCAACCAGGUCCAACAAAGGCGAGAAAGGCGAACGAGGGCCCCGUGGGCGCCGAGGCAAACAGGGACCCGUUGGACCUCCGGGUAAACCGGCCGGUCCGAACGAUAUGGGUAUUAACUCGUGGCCGGGACGACCCGGACUUAAGGGUGACCAUGGACCGAAAGGAGAUCGAGGCGACAGUAUAGUCGGGCCCAAAGGAGAAAAGGGUGACCGUGGAAUGGACGGACGCGAUGGUCUGCCAGGACCACCGGGACUGCCGGCAGCAUCCGGCGAAGGAGUUCAGUACAUUCCAAUGCCUGGACCACCGGGACCACCUGGUCCGCCGGGUUUAUCCAUCGUCGGACAGAAGGGUGAAUCGGGGAUGGAUUCCCGCAGCCCGUUCUUCGGUGACCCGAACUAUCUUGGACGACCAGGAGGUCGCUCAAGCUUAGAUGAACUAAAAGCACUUAGAGAACUAAAGCACCACAAGGAGAUACAAGAUAGUACGCCUGGACCUCCUGGACCACCGGGACCGCCAGGCACACCAGGACGAAUACUUCACGACAACAGCGACGAAAUCCCCAAUAGCUAUGGUACCAACGUGCGAAUCGUGCCGGGGGCGGUUACUUUCCAAAACACCGAAGCCAUGUCCAAGAUGUCCGCUACGAGUCCCGUCGGAACGCUAGCCUACAUAAUUGACGAGGAAGCACUGCUGGUGCGAGUGAAUAAAGGAUGGCAAUAUAUUGCGCUCGGCACACUGGUCCCGAUUGCAACCCCGGCCCCGCCUACAACCACCGUGAUACCACCGCCUCGUCCAGAUCUACAAGCGUCUAAUCUGAUAAACAACAUCCCACAGCCGGUCGAGGGACCGUCGUUCACAGCAUCCCCGGAAUAUGAAUCGUGGUAUCCCAAGAUGUUGCGAAUGGCGGCACUUAACGAACCGUACACGGGCGAUUUGCAGGGCAUCCGAGGAGCAGAUUUCGCAUGCUACCGGCAAGCACGGCGGGCCGGUCUCCUGGGGACGUUCCGGGCGUUCCUUUCAGCGAGAAUUCAAAACCUAGACGCUAUCGUGCGGAUAGCAGAUCGUGAACUUCCAGUAGUGAACACCCGGGGAGAUGUGCUGUUCAAUUCAUGGAAUGGCAUCUUCAAUGGCCAGGGUGGCUUCUUCUCGCAAGCCCCGCGAAUAUACAGCUUCAGUGGGAAGAACGUCCUCACCGAUAUAGCUUGGCCCCAGAAGCUGGUGUGGCACGGUUCCAGUACGCUCGGUGAGCGAGCGAUGGACACGUACUGCGAUGCCUGGCAUUCCGGAUCACCGGACAAGGUCGGGCUGGCGAGCAGUCUGCUCGGCAAUAAAUUACUCGAUCAGGAGCGGUAUUCCUGUGAUAAUCGGUUCGUGGUACUGUGCGUCGAGGCCCUGUCCCAGGACCGAAGGCGGAAACGGGACGUCAGUAGUAUGUACGAGUUCACCAAUGAAAACGACUACAGUCGCCAUCUGAACGAGGUGUUGCAGCUGUAAAAGCUGUAAAGGAACGUACACGGUCUCCUUUGUAAAUCUCAACAGUUACCUUCCAUCGUGUCACCGACUUCAAAGCCCGGCAUCACAAAGCGAAACUGAAGAAACAAAAUAAAAAAAAAAAACAAUAACAUCACUCAGACGUCACGUUAAGCAAAAAAUGGCUGCCAAAGUAGACAAGAACUAGACAACUCUCUGUUGAGAAAUAACUAAAAUUUGUUUUUAUUUUGCAAUGCGUGUAUCUCGGCCUCCGUCGAUGCAAAAGAAAAUCGCUUGGCAACGUCACUAACAGCUCUGAAGACCCCUUCCAUCCAUGAUACUCUAGAAGAAUGUACAAUAGUCCAGAACUGUCAAGUUUAUAGCUCUCUCGUGUGUUCUUCUGUCAGGAUAAAAAGUUAGGAUAAUUUGUUCGUGAGAUUUUUAACGAAGAACAAAGCAUUUUUUUAUCUGUUUAGCCUACUAAAACAAAGCCACAGAACACCACAGAGAAUAGGAUUUAUUGAUUUUGAUUGAACUGGCAUCUGAUCAGCUAGAUACAGCAAUAGAACAUUGCAUGAAAAUUUAUAACCUCACUUUUCUGACAGUUCAGAGAGCUUGUUUACAUGGAUUUCGAAAAUUUUUGAUUCUACCUAGUACAAGAAACUUGGUUCGAAUUCUAAAACCAUGUAAACAAGCUCGUUGGACUGUCAUUUUGUCGAGUUUUUACGCAUAUGACGUUAUCUUGCAAUGUCUCAUUGUGUAGCAUUGUUAUACCACACUAUGAGGGAAUUCUUUCAAAAAUAUCGAGCUACCUAUUUUCCCCAAAACACUAGUUCUCGACAAACAUAUGAUUACGGCUUAAAAGCCAACUGUCAAAAUUCUCUUUGAAAGAAAAUUCCGGACAAACCGUUACUCACCAAUCACAGAUGUUGGUAGUAAACAAAAGUGAAAAGUUUUCUCUUUCAUUAACUGAUGUGAACUGUGUUGCGCCAGUAACGGUUUUCCAGAAUUUCCUUUCAAAGAUAAUUUUGCGUUGGCUUUUAAGCCGUAAUCAUAUGUUUGUCGAGAGUUUCACCUUUUAGACAUAGUCCCAGACGUUAAUUUGCUAGUGAGUUAUCCCUCAAGUUUAGCAAGAGCUUUUCACUAGAGUUAUAUCCCCCGCAUACUUGACAAUGCGACCAUUGUCCCAACUAAAAACAUAUUUAAAAUGACCAUUAGAGCAGUAUUUUAUACUAAUUUGUUCGCAUGAUUGAAAUUCUCUGUGGUGGUACCUUGUGGAAAGUGCAUUAUUAUGUAUGAUUCACAAAUAAGAGAGCAUGCUUUGGUAAAAGAACUGUACAAAUGUGUCAUAUUAAAUGCAAUAAAACAUUGGAUCGACAUUGGAGGCAGGAAUAAUAAAUCAAUUAAGAGUGCUUAUAGUCGGAUUGCAUUUUCCAUGUUCACGCGCUGUAGAUAUUAUUGAACCCUCUCUCUCGUAUCUGACCCUGUCAAAAAUUCUUCAUUGUUACAGUCAAAAGUUUUCCUCCGUAUAUCCUUCUAAGAAUAUUGCAAAAUCAAACAAAAAUUAAAUCAAAGUCCUACAUCCCUUACCCUUCUUCAUCCGUGGACACCUUUCCUUUUUCAAUAGCUGAAAACUAUUUGCGACGCAAAUCCGUAUUGUUGUUGCAAAAAGGAAACAACACGUUCAAGCGAUCACGUAUAACAUACGCAAAAGGGAAAGAAUUCAAUAUUUAAAUCCGUAAUCGCGAGAAUAUUAGUAAAUACAGAUAUCAGACAGACUUUUGAGAUUUUCAAAACAACAAAGAAAACGCAGCGUUGUGAAUUAUAGCUACAUAUGGCGCCCCCAAAACAUACCAAAAGUCCGACAAGUAUUCAUAGCAUUUUUUUUAGUCAUUGAUAGAUUUUGUUCGAGUCAAACUAGAAAAUAAAUCAUCAUAUAAUGAAUGGUGAAAGCGAACAAUAAUACGCCUAUUGCCGUUUGAUUGUACAUUUCUGUUAGGUCGUACGAUGAAUUCAUUGCUGAUAUGUUCCGAAGAAUUUAGCAGUCUUCUGUUGCUGAACAAAUCUUUGCUAACUUAUAAAAAUGUCAUCAUCCCACAGUUACGAAUGGAACAAGAUAUACAAUGAAACUACAAUAACACGUAAUCCAUUAAUUUUAAUUUUCCUGAAAUCAGACGUCGGAAAAAUUGUUAAGUGAAAAUGAACGAAGCAGUCAUUUUUGUAUCGCCCUAAGUCAAUACAAAAAUAAAAACUAAACUAGUUGUAAUUAUAAGCUAAUUGUAUGAAUUGCAAGAAAAAUACAAAAAAUUCUUUUAAGCAUCAACUUUGUCGGUAGGUUAUUUAAAGAGAGAAUUUUAUCAUUGAUUCAUUUUAAACUAUUUUUUCGUUUGUUCAUCCUGUGUAACGGUGAUGACAAGAGUCGUUUUGAAGCAAAAAAGAAGCGAAAUGGGAAGCUGCUCUGUAGUGUUAAUGAGAAGAACUAUUAAGAAUCAUCGUUUUUUGUAAAUAAAAAAAUUUAAACCAA